AUGAGAGAUCGGCCCGUCAUCAACGUGGAAACUUACACCAUAUGCUGCGGCGAUGGUGAUGAGAAGAAAGUAGAUGGCUGCACGAUAGCUGUGAGGAACGAUUACAGCAACCUGGUGGAGGAAUUUAACUCAACGUCGUCUAGAUACGCCGUCGUACGACUGCGGGAUCCCAGAGAACGUAAACUCUGGAUCGUAAGUGUCCACGCACCUAUGGAAACCGCUGGGGACAACAUGGAGCGCACGUCGGACAACGGUGACCGUCUGGUCGACUUGUACGAACAGACGGGCCUCACCACCGCUUCAACAUUGAAGAGGAAUCAUCGACGCCAUCAGCUCACGUGGCAAGGGUCAACUCUUUUAACGCCUGAAGAGCAGCGCAAGCGGAAGAUGAGGACUCUUAAGCUUCAGCUCGACUACGUCCUGACGAGGAACAUUCCUUAG